ACAAUCAUGAUGCCUAAGCACUGCUUUCUAGGCCUCCUCAUCAUGUUCUUGACCGGUGCAACAGAAACGCAGCCAGCCCAUGUAUCUCUGAAUCCCCAGAAGGUUCAAUUUCAGUCCAGAAAUUUCCACAACAUUUUACACUGGCAACCAGGGAGCUCCGUCAGCAGCAAUGGCAGCAUCUACUUUGUGCAGUACAAGAUGUAUGGACAGAGACAAUGGAAAGAUAAAAUUGACUGCUGGGGGACCACCGUGCUCUUUUGUGACCUGACCAAUGAAACCUUAGAUCCAUAUGAGCCAUACUAUGGGAGGGUGAUGAUGGCCUGGGCUGGAAGCCACUCUGCCUGGACCAGAACAGCCCGCUUCACUCCAUGGUGGGAAACAAAACUAGAUCCUCCGGUUGUGACUAUAACCCGAGUUAAUGCAUCUUUGAGGGUGUUUCUCCGUCCUCCAGAGUUGCCAAAUAGAAACCAAACUGGUAAAAAUACAUCCAUGGAAAAUUACUAUAACUUAGUAUACCGAGUUUUCACAAUCAACAAUUCACUAGAGAAGGAACAAAAAGUCUAUGAAGGAACUCAGAGAGCUGUUGAAAUUGAAGGUCUGACACCCCAUUCCAGUUACUGCGUAGCGGCCGAAAUGUACCAGCCCAUGUUCGACAGAAGAAGCCCAAGAAGCAAAGAGAGAUGUGUGCAGAUUCCAUGAAUUGGUCAGAGGUGCUGAAAACAGGAGCAUAUUGAGAAAGGGAUGGCUUGUGACUAGAACAGCUUAUUAAACUUUUGUUUCGAUUUUCUUAGAGCAAUGUCUACCCACACAUUCCAAGGGUUUCUUUAUCAGUACUUUUUGUUCUGUUUAUUUCAGUUAUGAAGUAAAUUUGAACAGAUUCAAAACUGGAAUUUAAAGAGGAGAAAAAGAAUAAAGAGCUUGUGGUGACACACAUCUUUAAUAUCAGCAUCGAGAGGCAGAAUCAGGCAGAUCUCCAUCUUUGAGGCCAUCCUGGUCUACAUAGAGAGUUCCAGCCUAGCCAGGGCCACACAGUGAGACCAUGUCUCAAAAAAUAAGAUGUUAAGAUAAAUGUCUGUAAAACACAGAAGUUUAUCUGAAUAUAGCAAGCCUAACAAUAAUCUUUUUCUGCUAAAACCCCCAAAUAAGAAUCAAAUAAUAGCAGACAUUUAAUAAAAUAUUUCAAUAAGUUUUAAAGCAUUAUAUACAGAAAAUCCUGCACCAAUAAUCUUUCACACUCUAUUAAGCCUUUUGCUUUGCCAGAGAUAUACUGAUUUUAUAUUUUGUGUGAAUGAGCAUAUUUCUGUACAUUUAUAUUUUAUAGGAAUGCAUUUUAAUUUUUUAUUUCUUAUGAGGUAUUUCUACUUAGUGAAUCAAUACUUUAAAAAUAAUCUCUUGUGACUCUGAAUUAAUCUGUAGAAUAAGAUUUGCAUCAAUAGCAUGUAAAUAUAGAAGGAAGUCUUCAUAAUACAAUUUCCUCUCACUUAACACAUAAUCUUAGUAAGAUCACCCUUUCUGGUUUUGCUUUUAAUAUUGCCUUAGAAUUUAACCUAUGUUGUCAAAAUGGAGCAUCUAUUUUUCAGCAGCAAAGUCAGAAGAAAUAUAUUAGCCACACUGGUAACUCAGCCAUUCAGGCAAAGGGGUCUCUCUCUGUUAGCAGAAUGAGAGUUGGGCUGGGGACAAUUGGAGUCCAUAUAAAAAACUUGGCUUGAAACCACAGGCACACAGUGAAUGCUUAAAUUGUUUCUGAGAUUAUAAGGAAAAUCACAACCCUGUGAGCUACACUGCCUCUCCUAAGCAAAGAUCAGGUGGCCUAAGGCUCAGAAAGUGACCAGCUUUGCUAAGUCUUUCUGUAGCUCUAGAACUUAACUAUCAGCUACAGAAGAGACAUGUAGGAGAGAACAUUUGUGAUCUUCAUGAAAGAUGCUCCAAAAAAUAACUUGAAAAAGUAUAGUCAGUGCAUCUGUCUGCUUACACUUAUAAUGAUAAAUGGUUACAGACCAUUACAAAUGCGGAAGACAUGUGAAAAACAAGAACAUUGUCCUGGCCGUCCUGUGUGUUCAGAAAACACUGGCCUUCACUCCUACUUUUGAAUUGCUCAAUUUUUAUUCCUUUUGUGGCUUAGUACCUGCUUGGGGAUUCUUUGGGUUUUUGUUUGUUUGUUUGUUUUCUAUUUUGUACUUUGGGAAGGGUGAGACUUGAGAAGGAUAACCCAUCUUUCGGAAUCAGGACCAUGUGUGGUAGCAGCAUUUAGGUUGUAAGACUCGGUAGUCUAACGCCUCAUAAUAUAAGAGGCAAUUGUUGGUAUGUAAAUGCUGUCAGGUAACAGAGUUUUGCUUUGAUUUUGUUUGCUCGAGGUCUGCCUUCAUCCAUGAACACAGCCAUGCUCAUACAGUUAUGAAAUGCUUUGAAAAACAUUACAAUUUUCACAUUCUUGAUCAUAUUAAGAAUACAUUGUCCUAGUACUUCAAUAAAUCUUACUUUAUACUUUA